AUGCGGUCCAUCGCCUUUUUGCUCGCGGCCUCCGCCGUGGCCAUCAACAACGUGGCCGGCCACUACAUUUUCCAGCAGUUCUCCUCCGGCGGAACCCAGUACGACGCGUGGAAGUACAUUCGCCGCAACUCGAACCCGGAUUGGCUGCAGAACUCUCCCGUGACGGAUCUGGCUUCGCCGGACCUGAGGUGCAACGUUGGCGGUGGGGUGGCCAACGGCACUGAGACGCUUACGAUUAAGGCGGGCUCCGAGUUCACUUUUACUCUCGACACCGCCGUGUAUCACCAGGGGCCUAUUUCGCUGUACAUGUCCAAGGCGCCCGGCGCCGUUGAAGAAUACGACGGUAGUGGCGCGUGGUUCAAGAUCUUCGACUGGGGUAAGAAUUUCAGCCCGUCUGGCGGUAGCUGGCCCAUGAGGAUCUCGUACACGCAGAAUAUCCCUACGUGCAUUCCCGACGGCGAGUAUCUGCUCCGAAUCCAAUCGCUGGGCAUCCAUAACCCCGGCUCUCCGCCCCAGGCCACCGACCCCGGUUACACCGCCAAUAUCUAUAGCGGCGAUAUGAAUGGUUACGUCGUCCCCGGCCCUUCGGUGUUCUCGUGCUAG